AUGGAUGGGAAUAUUUCGGAGAUGUCGCUCCAUAGCCAUGGUGAGCUCACGCAUUCUCAGGAUGGCAGGGUGAUGCUGCAUUCCAGGGAACUUUUCGACACCUUCUCAAGGCCCUCUUUGGGGGGUACCCUCAUGACCCUGGAGAACCCUGAGCACCGUCCCCAGAGACUGGACCAUUCCUUGUCUGCGCUGAGCUAUGGAACGGACUCUCCGAGCCCCUGUGGGAGCACGUACACCACGCUGACUCCACUCCAGCCUCUGGAGGACAAGUUCCACUCCCACCCAUGUUUACCAGUCGGCAAUGUUAUUGGAAGCUUUACACUGAUGCGCGAGGACCGAGGCCUUGGCGGAAGCUUCUACAGCCCCUACGCUAAAGAUCUGGGCAUUUCUCAAAGUCUUUCUCCGUCCUCCGCUGCGGCUGGUAUAGGGGCACCCGUCCAUGGAUAUGGUAGCCUGGGCAACAGCCCAGAUGGCGGCACCGGACAGACGCUUCCGGGAGGGUAUGAUAUGCACGGUGGAGGUCUUUUCUGCAGGACGGCAGACUUUGGGAGAGAAACAUCACCGCCGGUGCUGGCCAGCGUCAGUCAUCAGUUGAACAGGACAGACAUUUCCCAGCACACGCACAAUCCACAUCCGCACAUGUACGGCCACCACUACCCGCUCCCGCCUCCCACACAGCAAACCUCAAAACUUGGAGAGGUUCGCCCUGCCUCUCUGGCCAGUGACAGCGUGCUGCCCAGUACUCAGACCAGUGGUGGCACUGGUGAGGAGAUCAACACCAAGGAGGUAGCUCAGAGGAUCAUCACAGAGCUGAAGAGAUACAGCAUCCCACAGGCUAUCUUCGCUGAGAGGGUGCUGUGCCGCUCACAGGGCACUCUGUCUGACCUCCUGCGGAAUCCCAAACCUUGGGGCAAGCUCAAGUCCGGCCGAGAGACCUUCAAGAGGAUGUCCCGCUGGCUGCAGGAACCUGAGUUUCAAAGGAUGGCAUCUCUGCGGCUGGAAGCUUGCAAGCAGAAAGAGCAGGAGCAGAGCAAGCUGGAGCGGAACCAGGGCCCCAAGCGAACCCGUCUGGUGUUCACAGACCUGCAGCGACGCACCCUCAUGGCCAUCUUUCGUGAGAACCAGCGGCCCUCCAAGGACCUGCAGGUCACCAUCGCCCAGCAGCUGGGCUUGGAGCUCUCAACCGUGAGCAACUUCUUCAUGAAUGCCCGACGACGCAACCUGAACAGGUGGGCCGACGAGGGCCGUCCUUCCUCCACCGGCUCCUCUGGGUCCAGUGUCUCGUCCUCCACCGUGUACUGCAGCAAGGCCUGA